UGGUGGCGAUGGCGGCCUCCUCUCUGGCAACGAGAAGAUCACCAUGCAGAACCUCAACAGCCGCCUGGCCUCCUACCUGGAGAAGGUGCGCACCCUGGAGGAGGCCAACGCUGACCUGGAGGUGAAGAUCCGCGACUGGCAUCUGAAGAAGAGCCCAACCAGCCCGGAGCGGGACUACAGCUCCUACUUCAAGACCAUCGAGGACCUCCGGGACAAGAUCUUGGCGGCCACCAUUGACAACAACCGGAUCAUUCUGGAGAUUGACAACUCCAGGCUGGCUGCCGACGACUUCAGGCUCAAGUAUGAGAACGAGCUGGCCCUGCGCCAGAGCGUGGAGGCCGACAUCAACGGCCUCCGCAGGGUGCUGGACGAACUGACCCUGAUGAAGACCGACCUGGAGAUGCAGAUUGAGAGCCUGAACGAGGAGCUGGCCUACCUGAAGAAGAACCACGAGGAGGAGAUGAAGGAGCUCAGAAACCAGGUGAUCGGCCAGGUCAAUGUGGAGAUGGACGCCACCCCAGGCAUUGACCUAAGCCGCGUGCUGGCAGAGAUGAGGGAGCAGUACGAGGCCAUGGCGGAGAAGAACCGCCGGGAUGCCGAGGAAUGGUUCAACAGCAAGAGUGAAGAGCUGGCCAAGGAGGUGUCUUCCAGCACUGCCAGUAUCCAGACCAGUAAGACGGAGAUCACGGAGCUCAGGCGUACGCUCCAGGGUCUGGAGAUCGAGCUGCAGUCCCAGCUGAGCAUGAAAGCCGGGCUGGAGAGCACGGUGUCGGAGACCGAGUGCCGCUACGCCCUGCAGCUGCAGCAGAUCCAGGGCUUCAUCAGCAGCAUCGAGGCCCAGCUGAGCGAGCUCCGCAGUGAGAUGGAGUGCCAGAGCCAGGAGUACAAGACGCUGCUGGACAUCAAGGCGCGGCUGGAGCAGGAGAUCGCCACCUACCGCAGCCUGCUGGAGGGCCAGGACGCCAAGCUUCCCGGCUUCCCCGCAGGAGGAACCAUCUCUACUAGCAGCACCACCUCCACUCGCCGCAUUUCAGAAAAAACUAGGCCUUAA